AUGAACGAGCGUGAAAUGGAUGCUCGGUCGUCCGAGCCCCCUUCGGUGUCCGGUCCACCGACAACACCGGGUCAAACUCAGACUCCGCGACGACAGUUGAAGAGGAACUCAGCAGCCUGCGAGCGCUGUCGAAAACGGAAGCAAAAGUGUGACGGGAAAUUACCGUCAUGCGGGCCCUGUCUCCUUGUCCGAGCAAGAUGUGUCCCAUCCGAGAGACUACUCAUUCGGGUAGACCCCAACUGUCAAUGCGAGACUCUGAAGGAGCGUGUCAGUGAUCUUGAAAGUCAACUCGAGGCCUUGCGUAUAGAGAGACGUAGAGAUGUUGCUUCACCUGGUCCUUCUCAUCACUUCUACCGAGAACCAGAGUAUACUACAACCGAACGCGUCGCGUACCAUGGACGCAUACUCCUACCCACGUUUACCGAGUCUGAUGGUGGAUCUAGCCUGAGGCCUCCCUUGCGAGGAAGCCUAUGGAAGCUUUGGGCAGUCGAUACAGAUAGUCAAGGAUCCCUAAGACCAGCCACCAACGCUACUGGCCUUCCAUUGGCAUCCAACUCUGAGGCCUUAGUUGAGGUUUUCUUCAAGAAUCGAUGGCCUCAACUGCCAUUUUUCCAUAAGCCAACAUUCAUUCACGAUGAUUUUCUACCUCUCAGAAGAGGCGAGUCAGCCCAUCCAUUAUCAUCAUUCAGAGUCAAUAUGGUUCUCGCCAUAGCAAGUGCCGAAACAAAUUCUAAGGACUCGUCUCAACAGCAGCACACUCAUAAGGCCUUCUUCCAAGCAGCUAUCAAAGACCUUAGUACUGUCUUGAUGGCUGACGACUUGGAUUGCAUUCAAUGCCUUCUUCUCUUAUGCCUCUAUGGAACCAAUGAGCCUCAGUCAGUUAAUAUCUGGUAUACUCUCGGUCUGGCGCUACGCAUCGGCCUGGGUAUGGACCUUCACCGGGAAGAAACCUGGAGUGCCGGCCAAACUCUGCUGUCUCGAGAGUUGGCUCGGCGAAUCUUCUGGUGUACUUACGCCCUAGAUCGCAGUAUCUCCAUAGCAAUGGGCAGGCCUCUUGGCAUAAACGAUUCCGAUAUUACAGUACCCUUACCGCAGCAGUUAACAGAUGAACAGCUCUGUUCUACAGAAGCAGUGCCGAAUCUCACUCCAAGCCCCAAAGAUAUGUCGACUUUUCUACAUGUCAUUAAACUGCGCCAGAUCAACAGUUCCAUCUACACGUCCUUACAUGCCGCCUCCGCGAGUGCCCACGACGACUGCGGCAGUCUAGAUGCUCUACGCGAAGCCCACUAUACUGAUCUCAACACAUGGCUCGUUACAGCACCUCGCUAUGGACCAGCAAGUGGUGUGGCCAUGUUGCAAACAGCAGAAUGGUUCCAGAUAGCUUAUCACUAUGCUGUCCUUUCUCUACAUCGUCCAUCAAGGGCGUUUUCCGUUAGCAACAUCUCCUCACUUAGACUUUGUGCAGACUCUGCCAUAAGUCUAAUAACGUGCUACAACACGUUGUAUGCCAAAAACCGAAUUACCUACACAUUCGUAGCACUAAAUUCGUUAUUCAUGGCGGGCGUCACGAUGCUGUAUGCGUUGAGGUCCAGUCCGGUGAUUCGUAACGAGCUGAGUAAAGGCAUAGCAAAAGCCAACAUUGACAUGUGCCAGAGACUUUUGCAGGGUGUAUCUGACGGACGCUCUGUUGGCGAAAGAUGUGCCGUGGUUGUGGGUAGGCUCGGACAGGCCACAAUGGGCGUGUUUGAUCGGGGACAGUCACUUGAUGACGAUAUAGACACCGAGUUUAUGUCGUGGUUCGGGCUCAAGUUGAAAAAGGAUCAAAACGCUGAGAUGGGGAAACAGGUUACCCCAAGUGUUGACAUCCCUUGGAAUGACUUGUUUAUUGAUGGGUUUGAUUGGUUUGAUGCAGGGAACUAUAACCAUCUUGAUCUUACAACUUGA